AUGGUAGAUAACAUGUUCACUCAUUUAUCCACUCAACUAUCUUGUCAUCGAAUACCAACUUCCUUCUGUUGUACGACAAGAAUCAGAGAUCAAUGUCCGGAACAGUGUGCAACUGUUCAGUGUGGAACUGAAUUCAUUCAUAAUUUAUUCUCGACUGACGGCUCACGUAAACCAGCCUCUGUCAGUGGUGCUCAUGAUGGAAAUGUAAAUAUUGGAGGCACAGGAAGUGGAGAUACACAGAGAGGAUUCGGAGGUGUUGUCGUCAUCGUUCCCCGUACAACCGUCGCUCCAGGUGUCACAAAUAAAGUCAGUGUGAUACCAUUCCGUCCCUUACAUUUCACAGCUCCGCCCAAGAAUGGACCACCAGGAGUGUCUCCUCCUCCAGCACCCGGAGGACAGUGUGGCGUUGCACCUGACUUCACACCGUGUGUUAGCAAUGAAAUCGCCAGUAAAUCUCUGUUAGAGUGCUGUAAGAGGAAGAAUCUACCAGCAGGAUGUCAACAGUUGUGCCGAUAUGAUAUCACGCAGGCGGAGAUCCGCGCAGCCAUGGAUCGUGGUCAGUGUGGAAUAUUCAAUGUUGCACCAUUCUUGGAAUGUGCUUCCCAGGGAAAAGACAAUUCCGAGUGUUGUCGACAUCGUGGAAUCGUUCAGAAGACUGGCCCCCAAUGUGAACAAUUCUGUCGCCCCACUCAAGGAUUAUCAGCUCUUGGAGUUCAGCAUAUCGUAUGUGGAAAUGCAGUUGGUGAUAUGCUCCAUUGCCAUCAUUCUGGUGUUCGCAUUUAA